UAGGAGCAGUUCGUAGCAGCGCCUGCAGGGAACUCCACCAGGACACUUGUUGGAGGGAGAUAGUCGACGAACAAUUGAUUCUUGUUCCGCAAACAUACAUCAGAAGCUGAAGGAAUCCGUUCACGCACCGGAGAAUCACAACCCGAUGGCGACGAAAGGAAGCGAAUAUACAGCUCCACCGGAUCCAGAUAUUUCCCCGUUGUUACUGUUUCAUUACAACAAUGACAUGCCGAUGGAGGAAAGCGACGAUGACAUAAAUUUCAGCGAUGAAGACGAGCCUGAUCAUGAUGAAGUCGACAAAAGUGAUGGUGACGAAGAGGCCGCAGAUGAAGAGGCCGAGAAAAUUCACGGGGUUGAGUCGACUGAGGAGGCAAGCGAUGGUCUCUUCUUGUACAGCACAAGUAGAAUGCAGCAAUCACAGCGCAGGGGACUGGAUGAUCUGGAAAGCCACUUCUACUGGGUAACACCACAAGGUUGGCUGCUCAUGCGACACCACCACUCACGCGAGACCUUCCUGUGGAACCCGUCCACGCGUCAGAGAAUCGGCCUGCCAUCGGGUCAUCAGAGGGGAUUCCUGGAAGAGAACACCACCAGGUGCUUGCUAUCGCAUGCGCCCACCGACCCCAACUGCGUCGUGCUAGUGAUCAACUGCAGAGACACGGUGCUCUGGUACUGCAGCCCUGCCGCCGGAGCCCAAUGGUUUGAGCAUAGGUACGACUCACGGAUGCUGGACCAAAGCCGCAAUAAGGUGGUCAGAAGAAUGAGGCGCCUUACCGCAUUUGGGGGAAUGUUCUACGCAGAUUUGUUCCGUGCCGUCGUGACACUCCGGUUCUCGCCGCACCCGACCUUCACGGUAACCCCCGUCGACGUUAGAUCGCGUCGGCUGCACAGCUGCACGGAAUUUCAGCUGUUGGAAUCAUGCGGAGAGCUGUUCAGAGCAUCCUUCGGCCAACAGUUUUUCGUAGAUGAAGUUCUGCAUGUUGGUGUUCAGCGGCUGGACGUCGCUGAAAUGGCCUGGGUGAAAGUGCACUCUCUGGGUGACAGAGUGUUCCUAGUCAAUUCUAGGUACUUCAGGGCAUCACUAAGUGCGGAAGAAGCCGGUUUAAAGCGGAACUGCGUAUAUUUUCUGAGACACGGUGACAAGGGAUUAUAUGUUUACAACAUGGAGCGAGGCACCACUACUCUGCAUAAUCCCGGUCAACAUCUGCACGAUGAUGUGGCUGCUGAAAUAUUGUUGAUACCAACCUCUUGAAUGUGGUUUUGUGUUUCUUUUUCUAAUUUUUUUCAAACCAUGCAGGAGAA